AUGUCUAAAAAUCAACAUGAUUAUUAUUACUCAUUUACUUCACCACCAGUCCCAGAAGUAACAUCUUCUAAACCAGACCCUUCUCCAUCUGCUCCAUGUACAGAUACAGUAAUACCUCCUUCUUAUGAUGAUGUGUUUUCACCUUCUGGAUCUACAACAAAUCGUUCCAUGCCACCUCCUAACAAAUCUAAUUUUGAAGGCUACAUUUUAGACACUUCAGAUCCUUUAGCUAAUUCUAAUGCAAGUACAGUACUUCAUAUGCCCAUGCCAACCCCAGAAACAUUUCAGAAUAAUCCAUGCGAAUAUGGUCAAUUAAAUCCAACAAUUGAGGCUAAUGUACCUUUAUUAUCAAAUAAUGAUGAAGAAGAAGAAUCCUUUCAGGGCAGACCUCCCCCACCAGGCUAUUCGCUUUAUAGGGCCAAAUACAAAAUUGUUCGAAAUGGUAUUAUAUCAAGAGAUAAGCAUAUUAAUGAAGAUGGUGAGGCUUUACUGCAAUUUCUAUAUCAGCAUAACAAACCACCCCGUAUGACUGUGCAUUUUUAUGGGUAUCAUGAAGAGACAACUUGGACUUCACAAACAACAAGAAAUAAUGAAGGUGAACUUGUUGAAGAGCGAGUUCCAACUACAAGGCGGGUUGAUGACUUUGAGUUUGAAAUUGACUGCAGUUCUGAUAUUUCUCCCAUCUGUCAAGGGAUAUAUAUUUUGCCUAACUCUAAAACUAAAGAACAGCCGACCUUACGACAGCUUUGUAAUCAGUAUGUACAUUCAAAGAGGUCACUUAAAGAACUCAAGCUUACUAAAGAAGUAAAUUGGGAUUAUAACGGACUUACACGAGCCUUAACAAAUGCUAUUCGAAAUUCUGGCUUUUAUGAAAAUGUUGAAAUUACUUAUAAGAUGGAAGACCAUGAAAUUAUUGUAAAGACAAACAGUCGUAUAUCUCGAUGGUCUGAUAAUGUAUACCUGAAAGGGUUCUUAUUUAUUACUUGCCUUUGGAUAGUAGUUUUCCCGAUUAUUUGGCUUUGUAAGAAGAGGUUUGGACAUUCAUAUUUGAAAAGUGCUUGGAAAAUGAAAAUUUCAGAAAGAAACUGGUAUGAAGCUCAUGUACAAGAGGUCAUUAAUUCUUGUAGAGGAAACUAUAAACCAUUUAAAAGAUUCUUUCAAUCAGGUACAACAGUUACCCCAUUUUCUGCUAAUAUGACAAUAUAA